AUGACGACCGUCUAUCAACCAUGGAAGGCCCGAACCACAGUCUCCGAGAUCGACGGGGUUUCUGAAUCUGCUACUACAGCCGUUGUGCUUUCGUCUGAUCUGGGCGAGCCGGUGAAACGGACGCGCAAGUUCUUCCAGCGCAAGGACCGACUCGACCCUGAGGGAAUUGCAACCCAGCCUUCUGUAUACGACAACCCCGAAACAGCAAAGGAGUACCAGCCCCGCGAUGAUUGGGAGAACCUGCAUCGGUUCGAUCCAUCGGCAAGGUGGACGUGGGGAGAAGAAACUCGACUCAUCCGGAAGAUCGACCUGCGCAUCAUGAUAUUCGCCUGCGUCAUGUUUAUGGCGCUCGAACUAGACAGAGCGAAUCUCAGCCAAGCGCUGACCGACAACUUCCUCGAAGAGCUGGGGAUGGACACGAACGACUAUAACCUGGGGAAUACGGUGUUCAAGCUGUCGUUCCUCUGUGCAGAGCUGCCUUCUCAGCUUGUCAGCAAGUGGAUGGGCCCUGACCGAUGGAUUCCAAUGCAAAUAACCCUGUGGUCUGGGGUUGCCAUGGGACAGUAUGCCCUAAGCGGACGAACCUCCUUCCUGGCGUGUCGAGCACUGCUGGCAAUCCUCCAGGGCGGGUUUAUUCCAGACAUCAUUCUGUAUCUAUCGUACUUCUACAAACACCACGAGCUGACAAUCCGACUGGGCUACUUCUGGACCGCCAUGAGCACGGCUGAUAUUGGCGCCAGCUUCCUCGCAUUCGGCCUUCUCCAUCUUCGAGGAGUGCAAGGCCAGUCUGGCUGGCGCUGGCUUUUCCUGCUGGAGGGCCUUCUCACCUUGUUGAUUGGUAUAUCUGCCUUCAUCCUCAUGCCGCCUGGUCCAUGCCAGACAGCGAACUGGGCGCGCGGGAAGAAGGGCUGGUUCACCGAGCGUGAAGAGACCAUCAUGGUUAACCGGGUUAUCCGCGAUGACCCCAGCAAAGGAAGCAUGCACAAUCGCGAACCCAUCACCCCAAAGCUGCUGUGGAAGAGCCUGUGUGACUACGAUCUGUGGCCAAUCUAUAUCAUCGGGCUGACCUUUCAGACCCCAAUGACGACUCCGCAACAGUAUCUGACGCUCACCCUGCGCGGGCUGGGAUUUGACACGUUCACAACCAACUUGCUCAUCAUUCCUAGAGAGAUCUUGCAUAUAACAACCAUGCUUCUUCUGGCAUACACCGCUGAAGCGACAGGCCAGUUGACCUUUGUUGCCAUGGUCGGACAGAUCUGGGCGCUGCCAUUCCUGGUGUAUCUCUAUGUUGUCGACAUCAAUUCCGUGAACAAGUGGGUGGCCUGGGCUGUGAUGACGCUGCUGCUAGGAUAUCCUAAUGUCGGCUGGAACUCCCGCAAUUCAAACACGGUCCGCUCACGCACGGUUUCAGCGGCCGUAUAUAACAUGUGCGUCCAGUCAUCGGGCAUCAUCGCCUCUAACAUCUAUCGCGAGGACGAUAGCCCGCGGUACCGCCGCGGGAACCGGGCCCUUGUGGCAUUGGUGACGACAAACAUUGCUAUAUAUUCCCUGACAAAGGUGUACUAUCUCUGGAAGAACAAGCGACGCGAGACGAAGUGGAAUGCGCUGAAUGAGGAGCAGCGGAUGGAGUAUCUGAGCACGACUACGGAUGAGGGUAACAAGCGUUUGGAUUUUAGGCUGGCUCAUUAG